AGUGGCCCGAUUUAUUGCACGUAACCGAUCCAGGAUCAUGGUGGCGCCAAAAGAACCAGCGGGGGCCAUGGCGUCGCUGCAGGCGCAGGUGAGCUCGACGCGCGUCGGCCUUGGGAAGCUCGCGAGCCUCCUCUCGGACGACGUUGGGCAGCUCCACAACGAGGUCCAGAAAAAGCUGCACAUGGUCCACGAGAGCUGCAUCGACGGUCGCACCGAGCUCUGCAACGCACUCGACCGGCUCGAGUUUCGAUUCCAGCACUUUGUGCGCGACUGCCACGUACUCGCCGAAACAGUUGACGGCCUCCGAGAUACAUUCGAGCACCUCCAGCGCCGCCUGCGACGCACGGACGCCGACGUUGCGCAGCAGCAAGAGACGAUCUUGCGCCAAGCGAACGCGCUCCUGAGCGCCAAGUUUGAUGCGCUCGUGGUCGACCACGAACGCCAGCUUCGCGAGCUCGAGCGAGAGGUGCGCGGCCGCUUGCAACGCACCGACGACCAGCUUCGAGAGACGGCGGCCGGCGCGGCCGCGCGCUGGGCAGAUAUGGACGCUGUGCGCACACGGCACGACCACGUGCUGCGCUCGGUCUUUGACCAGCUCCGGGAACUGCGCCACGACGUGGGCGAUGCGACGGCCGCGCGACAAACUGGCGCGCAAGACGUGGACGCGUCUUUGUAUGAUAUGGAAGAGCGCAUGCGGCUGGACUCGGCGCGUCUCAACGAUCGGAUGAGUGCACUCGAGGCGUCGUUGGCUGCGCGGCGGCCGAGCGAGCUUCUGACGCUAGAGACAGCGACAAAGGCCCGCCUGGAUGGCCUGGCCGAGACGCUCACGGCUCUUCUGCGGCUCGUCGAGUGCCACGUGGGGCAUCGCGCGCCGUAGCAUUUUGACCACUGAUAUGAUGCAUCGUCCAGUUGUGUUUCACCGACGCUACAAUGGAC